CACUUUUUUUCUCAUUUUUCGAACGGAAUACGUCGGCAGGCUUUCCAGCAAUUUACCGGGUCCGAUACAUAAAAUAAUUUCAAUUAUUUGGUGAUGCGCGAACAACCUUGAAUUGAGUGUUCUAUAAUUUCGUAUUGUUUGCUAGUUCAUUAGUGACAGGGUAUCAUUAUCAGGACAGGAUUAAAGUCAUCUUGGAGAAUGCACCUACCAGUUCGCUACUAAAGAACCAACUUUCGAAAGGCCCUAAAAAUUCACUUGUGCCCCUCUGGAGCGAAAGACGUCCGUAUGAAAAUCAACGGGAACAAACGAAUUUUAUCCUCCAUACCGAAGAAAAAGCUGAGCCGUGACCCCAGACUGAACCUACAAGGGUGGUCGAAACGCUGGAUGACGCGACAGGAUUAACACUUCAAUUGAUUGAACAUGGAAGCCGAUAGUAAAAUUACGAAAUCCAGAGGAGACUUAGCCGCUCCAAUGGCACGUAUGUCGAAAAUAGCACCGGAGUCUGUGGAAUCGAUGGUCCUAAUGCCCCAAGAAGAGGCCGUAUCAAACAAUCCAGAAGCGCCCAAUAUUCCAGAUGGUGGCUGGGGCUGGAUAGUUGUUUUUGCCACUUUUGUCUUAUGCAUGGUGGCCGACGGAGUAACGUUCUCCUUUGGGAUGCUCUAUACGGAAUUCCUGAAGGAGUUCGAGGCGUCCAAAAGCGCCACUUCCUGGAUAGGAAGUUUGUUUAUGGCGGUACCAUUGCUAACUGGUCCAAUAAUGAGCGCUUUGGUGGACAAGUUCGGAUGCAGAUCGAUGACCAUGCUGGGAGGGGUAAUUUCCGCUUCUGGAUUCAUCUUGAGCUCCAAAUGUUACUCUUUGAGUCUCAUGUAUGUGACCUUCGGAGUGUUGGCGGGACUGGGGCUGGGCCUAAUUUACGUCACCGUGGUGGUUUCGGUGGCGUUUUGGUUCGAUAAGAAGCGAACUUUAGCUGUCGGGAUCGGCUCAUCCGGAAUCGGGAUCGGCACUUUUGUGUUUUCACCCUUGAGCACGUAUUUGAUUACGGAAUUUGGAUGGAGAGGCACCACGAUGAUUUUGGGCGGGUGUUUCUUGAACAUGUGCGUUUGUGGGGCCUUAAUGAGGGAUCCCGACUGGAUUAUUAAGCAGAACAAGGAAAAUAAUAAAAACAGUCUGUCAGGAUCCGAAUCGACUGGAAACGUCAUAAAAGCCGAAGAGCUAAAAGCGUUAUUGACAAGCGAAACCGAUGCCGCUGACCUUUUUCAGCAGUUGGAAAACUCGCUGGAAAACGACGAGGACAGAAGCACCCUGCAUAACUACUUCAAAUCCGCCAUUAAUAUACCCACUUUCGUUGAUAAACAUUCAAACGUUCCCACUGAAGUUUUAGAGCUACUGAGUAAAAACAAAAGCGUCUACAAUACGAUUCUCACUCGCUAUCCGAGCCUUGUGCACUUUAAAGCUCGAUCUCUGGACGCGGAAGCCCAGAGAGAAAAUGGAAAUGCUAAAACUCCUUUGUCGCCAUGGUACGAGGAUGAAGAACAACGAAAUGUCCCACAAAAACCGGCCCUGACAAUAAAAGGUUCGCAGCACGAAAAAUACUUCAAAAACAUGAAAAUGGACCGACAUUCUUUUAUGAAUAAAGGGUCGCCCUUCGGUACCAACAAGUACCGGUUCAAGGCCUCAAGUUGCCCCGAUAUAUACAGGGUGUCGAUGGUUUCGUUACCGAAGCAAGAAAACGAGAAAUGGUACACGGAAAUCCUGGACCUUAUAAAGGACAUGAGCGAUUGCUCCCUGUUUCUCGAACUCCACUUUUUCUGUUUAUCCUUAUCCACAAUUAUCCUCUUUACCUGGUUUAUUGUGCCGUACUUUUAUUUGGCUGAACUGAUGGUAAAAUCUGGCUAUACCAGUGAGCAAGCCGCUUUUACCAUAUCAAAUAUUGGAAUUUCUAAUACUAUUGGCAUGUUAUUCUUGGGAUGGGCAGGCGACAGAUCCUGGAUGAACAUCACGAAGACUUACGCAAUCUGUCUGGUCCUCUGUGGCCUCUCGAUAAUGGGCCAACUGUACUUUGUCAAAAAAUUCAUCAUGUUACAAAUCUGCUCCUCACUGUUCGGCAUCGCUUUAUCCAGUCAUUUCGCUUUCACGCCUGGAAUAGUGAUGGAACUGGUGCCUCUGGAUCGUUUCACCGUCGCUUACGGUCUUCAGUUGUUGUGUCAGGGUAUUGGUACCUUGGUGGGUCCACCAGUCGCUGGUUUCCUUUUUGACAUAACUAAGAAGUGGGAACAGUCGUUUUACCAAGCAGGCAUAUGGAUCGUUUUAUCGGGCAUUUUUGUGGCCUUGAUACCGUAUCUGAAGAACAAGAAAAUGAUCGGUAAAGGACCGGUGGAGAAAGUGAACGAAAAUUACCAAAAUAAAUUGGUGCAAUUAGUAUUGUUGCUUAUUUGUACGCUUUUAUGUUUUACGGUUGUAUUUUAUUUAACUGGCACCGCUAUUUAUGUAUAUUUAAGUAAUAGGGACGUACUAGGUAAUUCUUGAUCUGAUUUGGCCAAUUUACAAAUAAAAAAAAUGACAGGUUUUAUGAUUAUUUUAUAAUGACAAUUAUUGCUUGUAUUUGUAAUGUAGUAAGACUUAAAUAAAGUUGUGAACAAG